ACCGGUAUAAUGCGCAUUGCAUAACAAAAGUCCUGCUCAAAAUAAGUCGUAAUAACCUAGUUUAACCAGAUGAUGUUUAAAAACGUACAGUUAACGUUUAGCAAAGCCUAAAUUAAUACGUAAAUGAUAUUAUACAUUCGAUAAGCUGUACAUGUUGCGAUUUCAUGGAGUUACGAGAUUUCUUUGUGGUACUGAUAGUUUUGGGAGUGGCCUGCUUUGAGGCUGAAGCCCAGCAAAAUUGUGGAACUAUUCCACAUCCUGCUCACGGCCAAGUGUUCGUCCAAGGAUACAAGCGAGGCGAUAAGGCGAGGUUCACAUGCGACACUGGGUAUGUUCUUCAUGGCGCAGAAGAAGUUCAAUGUUUUGGGAACAACAUGUGGAGUGGAAUGCCGCCUAUUUGUAUCAAUCCGAAGAAUAUUGACGACAUCGUGCAUUCAAUGACGUCGGUAGCAGAAAUAGAACGUCGUCAAAUAGAACGUCGUCGUAGCUGGAGAUAUGGUCUUGACGUCGUGAUGAUAAUGGACACAUCGUCUAACAUUGGACCGGAGUACCACGAAGCAUCAAAGAGUUGUAUGAAACUCCUCGUGGAUAUCUUCUCAAAUGUCGGAGAACGUACCAGGUUUGCACUCGUGACCUUAGCAAAUACAGCAACUGUCGUAUCAAACUUGAAUGACUCGGAGGCGACGCUCAGGGAGUCUUUUAAACAGAAGAUAGACGAUAUUCAGAAUAUCGGCGGUGAAACAAUGCUGGUAUCGGCGUUGGAAUCCUUUUAUGUAGACAUAUAUAGAAAUGGGAGCGGCGGCGUUUUUCUGAUUCUUUUCAUCCUGACGGACGGCAAUUCCAUCCAACAGGAAGACGUGAAACUGAAGUCAUUUAUUCAUGAAAUUUACGGCCUUGAAGUAUUCGUUCUGGGCGUAGGACAAAAUAUUAACGAGAAAGCUCUGCGCCUAAUAGCAAGCAAACCCGUUAAAAAACACGUGUUCUUUAUCAACGAGUUCACAAACAUCGAGGCAGUUGAGAGAUAUUCUGAUUGGAUGAAGAUCGCAGUUCCUUUAAAUGCAAUGAAGGAGGCAGCAAAUCGAUUUACGGUUACCAGAUAUGAUUCACACGCAAUGCGCAAUGUGGUGCUGAUGGUUGAUGUGUCAUCUAACAUCAGCCCGGAAUAUUUAACCGCGGCAAAAUAUUUCAUGAAACAAAUCGUGGAUAUCUUUGGAGUCGUAGUCGGUAUAUCUAGCAGAUUUGGGCUGGUGACAUUUGCUGACACGGCAACUGUCAUUCUAAAUGUGUAUGUAGACGCCGAAACGUUACUCGGUGAGGUUAUUAAGCAGAAGAUUGACGGAGUACAGAAUACCGUAGGCGGAUCGAAUCUCACAACGGCAUUUGACUUAUUUUUGCAAGAUAUGUACUUACCAGUCACACGCUUUGGAUCUGAAAGUUACGAUAUUUAUCGACUUGAUCGAAAAUGGAACAUUUUUGUCUUUACUGACGGGGAAGGGAUUACUAAAGACGACAACGUGAGACUUUCGUCCACCUUUAAAGAUCUUCUGGGUCCAGGAGUCGAAAUCUUCGCAAUGGGAAUAGGCCAGUCAAUUAACAUUGAAGCAAUGCGCUCUAUUGCCAGCAAACCUGCAGACAAACAUGUGUUCGAGAUCAACGCAUUCCGGAACUUGACGAAAAUUGAUGGCGCCGUUUUGAAGGGAAAGUGUCUUGUCAAACGUGGCCGACAUUGUGGAUGCAAUAAAAGAGAUUUCAGAGUCUGUUAAGGGAGAUCUGAACGUUGUUAUGAUGGUGCAGACGUCGUAUAUUAUUGGUCCGGGAUAUCUUCAAGCGGCAAAAUGUUUUAUGACACUUCUAGUGGAAGUCCUUGGUGUGUCCCGACACCGUGCUGGAGUUGGACACAGA